AUGUAAGAGACUAAUCAACAAAAUACUAUUAUAGAGAUAAAAAAAUAAAUAAAUACGAAAAAGGUAAGAAAGCAUGGUUUCCAACCUCCUUUCAGCAAACAUUAAAUUGCUACUGUUACCUUUUUCAUAUUUCAGAGUGUCUUUAAUUUGAAGUUUAUAUUUUUCUCUUAGUAAUUUAUACAAGUAUAAGUAAUUUGGCUAGCAGUAAUAAUUUUAAAUCACUUUGCUUGGGGGUUAUAUGGAUAUAAAGUAACAAUAAACAAUCCUACAGACCCAUCAGUUCUUAAAGGAAAUAUGCACAAAGGAAAAGGUAUGAUCUGGUGUGUGGUUUGCUAGGGCUAUGCUUAAGAAAAAUCCAAGCACUGUAGUUAAUGCAAUAGAUGUACUGAGGUAUUUGAUCACCAUUGUGUAUGGAUAAAUAAUUGUAUAGGUAGAAGAAACUAUAAUUAUUUUAUAAAUUUCACAGUUUCUUACUUUCUAAUGGAAAUUUAAUGGACAACUUUGAAUGUGACAUAUAUGUUAACUCAAAAUGCAGGUUGGUCUGUAUAAAAUUUUGUAUUUAUAGCAGAUAUAAUAAAUCUUUUAUUAUCAGUAGUGAUUGCUAUAUUUACUGGAAAUCAAUUGAUUUUUCAUAUAUGGUUAACUAAGUAUAAGAAAAUAACAACAUUUGAGUACCUUUAAUAAAAGUAGAAUAAACAAAAUUAGAAAUCUUCAGUCUAUGAAGAAGAGAAAAAGAAGAUAAAUGAUACAUAAAAUAAACAAGAAACUUCUAACAUUAGUAAUCAAGAUCAAAAAACAGUUCAAUCAAUACAAACAUAGAAUUAUGAAACCAAAGGGUUAACAUAUAAUACCUCAGAAAACCAAUCAGAAAUUAAAAAGGUUUCAGCAUCAAAAAAAUUUAUUAAACUAAAAAGUAUUGAAGAAUAAACAAAAAGUACUUGGGAAACCAAAUUUAAGGAGAUAAACUAGUUAAAAAAUGCUAAUAUGAUCAAUUAAAAAUUAAAUUAAAAAGAUUAAAUGCAAAAAAGUUUAUAAUAAUUUGAUAUUUCUAAAGUUGAAAAUUCUAAAAUUGAUGAAAAUCCAAAAAAAAUAAAUUCUGAUUAAAACGAAGGCCCUAACUUAAGUACAUAUGGUUUAGAUUAAUCAUAAAUAUAGUUGUAAUAAAAUAAAUCAUCAAAUAAAAAGUAACUGCCCUCCUUUGGAAAUCUGGAAAACUUUUAGAAAUCAUAAGAAAAUAUUGAUUAGUAGUUAUAGGAUGGGCUCCAUUCCAAAGUAAGAAUAUUUUAAGUUUAAGAAGAAAAAGAGCUUGAUAAUAUUUCUACAUCUGUUGUAUAAUCUUAAAUAGAUGAAAAAAAUGAAGAUUAAUUCUAAUCUUCAUGGUUUUAAAACUCUAACAGUUUAACAGCAUCAAGCAUAUAAAAUUACUACCUAUAAAAAAUUUUAGAAAAAAAUAAUCUUUAGCUUCUUCCAAAUAAAAAGUAAAACAGGUUACUAAAAAAUUAAAAACAACUACUAACCUCCUCAGAGUAGACAUAAUCUUCAAAGAUAAUUUCAGAAAAAAGGAUAACAUUCGGAGUUUUUAAAUAAGGAGAACAACAUUUUGAUGAAGAGUAAGAAAAUAAUGUAAAUUAUCUAAAUGAAGGAGGAUAAAAUGAACUCAGCUUUAAUCUCAAUGAAAAUAAUAAUGAGUUAAAUUUAUGA